UAUUAAAAUGUAUAAGAUCUUUCCUUAACCAUCUGAUUAUUUGGCUCCAAUGACCGAGAAAGAAAAAGUGUAAGAGUGAGUUUAUAGUAAAAAGCUUAUUAGAAAAAUGGAAGAGCAAUGAAUUGUAGAAUGAAAAGAAGAAUGCCAUAAAGAUUAGAUUAUUUUUAUAUUUAGGAAUAAGUACGACAAUAUAUGGAUUAUUGGGAAAUUAUUUAGUGAGUUCAAUAGUAAAAGACAUGGAGAGAUCAGGAAUGCAAAAGAUGGAAAUGGAAGCAUAAAAUAUAAGAGAUAGUAUAAAGAGAGCAGAUUUCAAGUAUGCCAGAAGUACAGAGAUUAGUAAUUAAAUGUUGAAGAUAAUGAAAUAUAAAUAGUUGGUAUAAGGAAUUUGUUGUAUUAUGGGAUUAACUUAUGGAUUAGCCUAGAUGAGAAUGUAUGUAAAAGAGUAUGCAGAGAAUUAUUAAAAUUGAGUUUUAUAAUUAUUUAAC